AACACAACACCCGUUUGUUUCUUCGCUUCGCGUACAGCGCUUCAUUCAUUCUCGUUUCGCUCUUCCUUCGCCAAAGGUGUGUGUAGCGCGCUGCUCUCGCGCACUCCCGAGCCGGAGCCAGUGAGCGCGUUUAUGACCGGUUCUUCCGUUCUUCGCGUUCUUUUCCAGCCGCGAGAUUGUAAGUUUGCUCUAGUGCUGAGGUUUCCUCCCUCCCCCCCCCCCGCGCUCCCUUUCCACCCCUUGCGGACACACACGGACAAGCAACUAGUGAGGCUCGGCAUUUAUGGAAGCCACCAUAUCAACGGAGAAGAGCAUAAGUGUACGUUCAAAUUAAAAAAGCGCGAGCCGUGGGCUUGAAUCAAGAGUGUGUUUUUUAGCGCAGCAGCUCCAGCGAUGACGAUCGAACCUUCUGCACUUCGGCGAGUUGGAUGAAGCAACAUCGAAAGAUCGUUUUCUAAGAGAAACAGUGAGUGUGCGAGUGUGUGUGUGUUGUGAAAAGUGUGAAAAAAUGGACUGUGGACGAUAGCUUUUGCGGCUGCUCCUGUUGCGGGUAAAGGGCCACGGCAAGGCCAGAAAGGUAAACAAACAAAGUGUCAAAAGUGUUCGCGAUAAGCGCGAUAAUACACGCACGCACACACGCAACAACCGGCGGGUCUCGUUUCGGCGUUGAAGCAGCUCCUAAAAACACGUGUGAAGAAGAAGAAGAAGACAAACAGACAAGCACAAACCAACAACAACAACAACGAUGCCCGAUCACGAUAUCGAGAUGAUAACGAGCGAGCAGCUGCACGCGGCGCUGCGCAAGUCGCAGAAGCACUUCAUCAUACUGGACUGCCGCAGCUCGCACGAGUACACGGAAAGCCACAUCCGGACGGCGGUCAACUUCUCGAUCCCGUCCAUCAUGCUGCGCCGGUUCGCGGCCGGCAAGAUCGACAUCACGUCCACGAUCAAGUGCCGCGAUCUGAAGGAGCGCAUCCUGUCCUGCUACAAGGAGAGCACGUUCGUGCUGUACAACAAUAGCAACGAGCCGGUCGGGGACAGUGGCGGCGGCGGCGGCGGCGGGGGAGCUGGCAGCCGCGAGGAGCUGGUCAUGAUGGCCACCGGAUGUGGUGCCGGCCUGGUGCCGGCGAGCGGUACGGCGGCCGCCGGCAACGACACCACGAUUAAUGUGCUGCAUCGCAAACUCAAGCAAGAUGGCUGUCGGGUGGUCUGUCUCGAAGGUGGUUAUGCAAACUUUCGUCAGUCAUUUCCGGAGUGGUGCGAGGAUGAAGUCAUCAACGCGAACCUGCAGACGGGCUGUGCGGCAACGGAGCAACUGAUGGGAUUAAGAUCCCUCCGCAUUUCGAUCCCGUUCUCGGACUCGGCGUGCAGCAGCAGCACCGAGUCGUCGGACUGUGAGAGCAGCACCAACUACCUGUCGGAGGCGGCGGUUAGCGUCGAGCCGGUCGAAAUACUGCCCGGCCUCUUCCUCGGCAAUGCCUCGCACAGUGAGGAUCUGAAGUCGCUGAAAAAGUACAACAUUAAAUACAUUCUGAACGUGACGCCCGAUCUGCCGAAUGUGUUCGAACGGGACGGACAGAUACGCUAUCUGCAGAUACCGAUCACCGACCACUGGUCGCAGGCGGGCGACCUCGCGAACCACUUCCCGGAUGCGAUCAAGUUCAUUGAUGAAGCCCGCUCGAACGGAUGCGGCGUGCUGGUGCACUGUCUGGCCGGCGUGUCCCGCUCGGUGACGGUCACGCUCGCCUACCUGAUGUUCGCCCGCACCCUCUCGCUGAACGACGCCUUUCUGCUGGUGCGCUCGCGCAAACCGGACGUCUCGCCCAACUUCCACUUUAUGCAGCAGCUGCACAGCUUCGAGCAGCAGCUCAACAUCGACCCGACCCAGUCGGCGUCCGCCAAGCAGGCGCUCUACUCGGCCUCCUCUUCCUCAGCGGCCUCUUCCUCCUCGGUCGGCGGCGGUGCAUCCUCAACCGGUGGCCAUUCCGUGUCCACGACCCCGUACAGUGCCAGCUCGAUCGGGUCGUCCGGGUCGGGAUCGGCCGGGCUUGAGCCGUCGGCACGCCAACACCUCCACCAGCACCACCAACAGCACCACCACACGACGACGCCCCACCACGCCGCGCAUCUGCACCAUCAGCAUGCGCUGCAGUCGAAGCACUCGAUGCAUCAGGUCCACUCCCGGCACGCGGUCAAGUACACCUGCGCGUGCGUGGAGGUGGAGUGCAAGUGUACGCAGGCGGCGAUCGAUCUGCUCGGCCCGUUCACCACCGGCAUCUCGCCCGACUCCGGCAUCGAGUUCGACCGGUGGACGCCGAGCAGCAACACGCCGAAAUGAGAUACGGCCGGCGUGGAGGGUGGACGGUUCCAACUGCCGGACCACUUCCACCACCACGAUGAUCAACCCGGUGGCGGUGGGGUCGUUGCCACCGUCGCGGAAGACUCCGGCUCAUCCUCGUCCGAUCCGGCAGGCUAAAGAGAGAGCGAGAGAGCGAGAGAGAGGGAUCUUCUGAGACAUGUUUUUCGCUUCGCGCGUGUGUGUUGUUGUAGUUGGUGGUGUAGCGCCUCCAACGCACACACACACACACACACGCGUUAGCCAGCACCCGUUUCCCUUGUCCUCUGAUAGGACGCUCUGUUUCGGAAAAGCCCCCGCAUUUCCCUUCCACGGGAAUGGACGAAACAGGAAACCCGAAAAGGGACGGAACGAGUGCAUCAUCGUCAUCAUCCCAUCAUCAGAUCAUCAGGCAUUUUUGGUGAAGAGAAAGGAAGAGAGAGAGAGAGGGAGAAGUAGAGAGUUUCUCGCUUUAGUGUGUGUAUGUGUUCUUGUAUUAGCAGUGGGGGAGAAAUCCGACGCAAGGAUGCUGAUUAGUAGAGUAGACUUAUACAUAUAUACAUACAUACAUACUACACUACGCUAUAUACACAUCCAAUGGUAUAUAAAUAUAGAGAUACACCCAUACAUAUAGUGCAUAUUAUAGAUAUAUAUUUAUGUUAACACACGUCUCGUUAUUAUGAAUUAAAAUCAAACACAAAAAAGCCAACAACACAAA